UAGUCAUUAUAAUUGACGUAUUUGAUCUUCUCAUCAGCCGUUUAUCUGUUCUACCAGAAGUAAUAAUCUUGUGAGUUCAGCUCUUUCUCUCUGUGUAACAUCAUAGCAGUGCAACGAGUGUGACUGGUCUUGUGGUUUUAAUGUCACUUGUUGUGUAAUUUGUCAUCGUAACAUAAUUGAAACAUUGAAAACAGCCGUUAGUCAUAAUAACCCUUUAAAAUAAUUCUUUUUCAGAUAGGCUAUGAUAUUUUGCGAUGACUGAGCGAUUAAUUUCAUAUCCUGUUAGGCUGAUUUUGUGUUUCACUGUUUCGUUUCGGAUCAGAUCUCGUGGUCAUGGAGCUGACGAUCACAUUCUUCACUGGGAAAAGUUUCCCCCUGACCGCGCCGCUUCACACUACUGUCAGACAGCUGAAGUCCAUGAUCCAGGAGUGCGAGCAGGUGCCCAGCGCAAAGCAGCGGCUGAGUACGCAGAACGGCAGCAGGAUAGAACUGGAAGACGAUGCGAAAACUCUGCGGGACUACGGUCUACAUUCGGGAUGCACAGUCGUCGUGCUGAUCGUGCAACCCAUGCAGGUGUUUCUGAAAAAUACGAAAAAUCAGACGCACACCUACGACGUUUCCCCGAAAGAGACCGUCGCCCAGUUCAAGCACAAGGUCCAAAAUAAGGAGGGCGUCCCUAUCGAGCAACAGUUUUUGAAAUACGAAAGCAAGCCGCUGGAAGAUGGCUCGAAACUGCAGGACUACGGCAUAAAAUCCGGGAGCACCAUCCACCAGUCAUUGCGUCUGAGAGGGGGCUGCUGAAUCUUAUCUGCUGCGCACUCUGCUGUAUUUUGCACUCGGCUUCUUUUAUUAACUGACUGAACAAAAAUCCGAAAUAGCUUGAAUCAGAAUUCUAUUUGUAAAAUGUAUUCAUUCAUAUACCUCGUUUCCAACUCUCUUCAAUAGUACUCUAUUGCUUUGGUGAAAGAAAAUGUUAGGAAUCAUUUUGUCUAUGUCAUUAUCUAUGUAUUGUGCCACCUAUCAAUCAUGAAAGACUAUGAAUCAUGAUAUCAGUGGUCUCAGUGUCAUGGAGGGCCGUGUGUAUGCAGCUUUUUACUCCAACCUGAUUAUAUAAUUAGUUCAAGUAUUUGCUGAAUUAGGGCUGGAGGUUUGCGCAUAAUGUAUAUGAAGCGAAAGGUGUUAUUUGUGUUGUCUCUAACAACUGUUGCUUAUUUAAUGCAGUUAAAUGCAUUUGGCUGAAUGAGUAUUUGGAAUCAAUUAAGGAAGUAUUAAUUGGUUGGAAUGAAAAUCUGCAUACACAGAGCUGGCCCUCCAUGGCAAUGAGUCUGAGACCACUGAUAUACAUCGGUACAUCUAUAACUGUGUAAUCACCUGCUUUAAUUGAUUCAUUUAGAGCUAAGUAACAACAAAAACCAACAGACCCUGUGGUUUCCAGUAGUACAGGGAUAGUCAUAUCACCGUCCACCAGAUAACUGCUGGUUUUCCACCCUCCCUUUACCUGGCAGUCAGGUGUGCAGUCUGUGUUACACUAAUUAAUAUGUAGCACUAAUUCCUCAGUUAAUUGCCUGGGAGGAAAGAAAAUCCAGCAUGAAUUUGAGGGCCAGAUUUUCUGUUCGCUGAUGUGAUAUAAUGCAUUGUAAUGUUUUACCAGUGGUCUCACUUGCCAUAGAGGGUCAUGUGUAUGCAGGUUUAAAUUUCAGCCAAUGAAUGCUGCCUUAAUUGAUUCCAAUGACUCAUUCAGGCACAUGCAUUUAACUGCAUUUAAGCACAGAAUAUAUGCAACAGUUGUUAUAUAGACAGCACAAAUAACACAUUUCUCUUCAUAUGCAUUAUGUGCAAACCUCCAUCCCUGAUUCAGCAAAUAAUUGAACUAAUUAUAUACUCAAGAUCUUGAGGCUGGAAGAAAAACUCUGCAUACGCAUGACCCUCCAUGGCAUUGAGUUUGAGACAAUUGAGUUACAUCAAUAUUGAUUAGCAGCAGUGUAAUAUCAUGGGCUUGUAACCCUAAAGGUUGCAGGUUCAAUUCCCAGGUCAGACACAACCAUUGUGCUCUUGAGCAAGGUAGUUAACCUGCCUCAGUAGAAAUAUCUAACUGUGAUGCAAAAUAAUUGUUUUGUGUAAGUUUGUGUAUAAGACUGUCUGUUAAAUGCCUGUGAUGCAAUGUAAUGCAAUGUAAUGGGGCAAGAAUAAACAAACGAUGUUGAAGACAA